GAUCGAGUCUAUACUAUCUCACAGAGCCAGCAGCCCGUGCAAUGUCUAAGGGGGAAUGCAGGUGCCCGCGGAGCUGAGCCCGCGCUCGGACCUGGAUAGCGGCUGCUCGUCGCCUCCUUCUCCGAGACGGAGCUCAGUGGAGGACGCGGUGCACAGACACGCUCGAGCCCUCGGACUGGACUCUCCUUUACAAAUAUCCCAGCAAGCCGAGAACACAACGUCCUCCUUCCUGAUCAGAGACAUUCUGGCGGACUGCAAACCUCUGGCAGCCUGCGCUCCUUAUUCCAGCACUGGACAGUCAGCACAGGAUGCUGAAGACUGCAUGGACAAACUUCACAGCAAUUCUUCCUCGCACAGCGAAUACAGGGUGAAAGACGAAGCUGAUCGGGAAAUCUCCAGCAGUAGAGACAGCCCCAGCUCCCGGCUGAAGAAGCCUCGUAAAGCCCGCACCGCGUUCACGGAUCACCAGCUGGCGCAGCUCGAGCGCAGCUUCGAGCGUCAGAAGUACCUGAGUGUGCAGGACAGGAUGGAGCUGGCAGCAUCCCUCAACCUCACUGACACACAGGUCAAAACAUGGUAUCAGAACCGCAGAACGAAGUGGAAACGGCAGACCGCGGUGGGACUGGAGCUGCUAGCGGAAGCUGGGAAUUACUCCGCUCUACAGAGAAUGUUUCCUUCGCCCUAUUUUUAUCCCCAAAGUUUGGUGUCUAACCUGGACCCAGGACCAGGCUUGUAUCUGUACAGAGGGCCGUCCGCGCCUCCACCCCCAGUUCAGCGGCCUCUGGUCCCCAGAAUCCUCCUGCACGGGCUUCAGGGCGGCGGAGAUCCAGCGUCUCUGUCCGGGGUGAUCCCGCGACAAAACCCGCCGCGAUGAGCUGAUCUGACCCGACCCGACAGCCGCUCCAACCUCAGGAAUCACAGGGUUGCGCUUGGACGAUACCCUUGUAAAAUCUAAACGCGCAAUAAUAGACUUUCCAAAUGACUCUGACCAAAAGGUGAAUGCUAUAACUAUUUAUUAAAAAUCAACGUGCGGAGGAAGUGAUCAGAAAACAGUCGGAUAAGGGUUCCAUCACCUCAUGAACCCCGUGACUUGUUUUCUGAGAUGUUACUUUUCCCCUAAGAAUGAAUGGCGUGGUUUAUUUGCACAAAAUGAUGACGCAAGCAAACCAAAAUAAAACAUCAGAAGACAAUUUCAGAUAUGCAAUAAUGAACAAUUGUACUUUUUUCUACCAAACGAAAAAUGCAUUUACUAACUAAAAAGUGAAUAAAAUACAACAACAUCAGGCUACUGAUAAUAACCAUUAACAAUUGUAACAAAUGUAAUUUGUGACCGAUUAGUGUGAUGAUGGCCGUACAGCUGAAAACCUGUUUACGCAAAUUCAGGACUUGUCCUAAU